AUGUCCUUCUUCAACUCAUGGAAACCACAAGGUCCUUCUUAUUCAAUCAUUAACCAAGAUCAUAUAAUGCUUGGUCCAAUAUCUCCAAAGACCAUUGGUGAUUCAAGUUCAUCUGUUGAAACCCCUUCAAAAACCAUCGAAAUAGAUAACGAUCAUAAUCAAGAACUAAACUAUUACAAAAGAAGAUCAUCAUUAUUCACCAAGAUCAUGGCUUUACUAUUCAUCAUAAACAUACUAUUUGCUAUAAUGCUAGGUAUAACCAUAAAAUCAAAAACAAAUCCAACUUUUCUACAAGAUUAUCUUGGAUCUUUUAAUCAAUAUCAUUCAUCAACUUUUAUGAAAUUUAGAAACACUUUAUUAACCCAAUCAAAAGUGGAAUUAUUAAAUAAAGAUCAUCAAGUAUUACCUAUCCAUUCCCAUAAUGAUUAUUGGAGGAAAACCCCAUUAUUUGAUGCCCUAAGAUUAGGUAUAAAUUCAGUAGAGGCUGAUGUUUGGUAUUUACCAAGUUCAAAAGAUUCACCAUUAAACCCCCCAGAAUUAUACGUGGGUCAUCAUAGAUAUAAAUUAUCAAGUUAUAAAACUUUGGAAUCUUUAUAUUUAUCAAAUUUGGAAGCUUUAUUAGAUGAUGUUAAUAGUAAGAUACCCAAUGAUAAUGAAGAUUUCGGUUCAAAUACAUUGGAUAAUCACAAUUUCACAAAACCUCAAGAAUGGGAAAACAACUUACAUGUUUUAGAAACUUUCCUAAUCCCAUUCAUUGAAAAAGACUACCUAAGUUUCUAUGAUUCCACAACUUCCAAAUUUUAUAAAGGUCCAAUCACAAUAAUAAUCAGUGGUAAUAUCCCAUAUGAAUUGAUCAAACAACAAAAAUAUAGAUUCACAUUCAUUGAUGCCCCAUUAGAUCAUGAUGAUUUCGCCUUGAAAUAUGAUAAUACCACUUCAAUCUAUAGUUCAUCUUCAUUGAAAAGAUUAACAGGUUCAAAUUCCGCACUAGGUUUCAAUGGUCUAAGUGAUGAACAAAAAUCAAUACUAUCUUCUAAAUUCAAAAUGGCUCAUGAUUUAGGUAUAAAAGUUCGUGUUUGGGAUACUCCAAAGUGGCCAUUAACCAUUAGAAACGCAGUAUGGAAGGAUCUAUUGGAACUAGGAGUGGAUUUAUUAAAUGUUGAUGAUUUACAAGGUGCUGUUGCCUUUUAA